UUUUUUACUUUUAAUUUUCUUUUUUAUUAUUAAUUUUAUGAAUGAAGAACAACGAAUGAGCACUCUCACACCACUUCUUAUUAAAGUUUCAAAUUCUCUUCUCCCAAAUGUCUGCUACCACUACCACUAAUUUUUCUCCUACUUUUUCUUCUCUCUCUUUUUCUUCUUCUUUAUGGCUUCUCUUCGAUCUCUUUCUCUUUCUUCAUCCCUCGAUUUUCCCAACAAUUCCACUAUCUUUGGUUCUACUUUGAAAUUGGGAGAAAAUGAGCUGACCCUUUUGAGAUUAUCGACUCAUUCUUCCAAGAUUAAUCCUGUUUUGAGACUAAAAGCUUCAAGGAUAUCUCUGGAACUGACUAAAGAGGCUGGGAAUAUCAAAGAAAACAUGUCAGAAGAAACUUUGAAUGGUCGUGAUCCGUUUUGUACCAUGAAGCAACGGUUUUUGACCUUCAAGAAGGAAAAAUACUUGGGAAACAUAGAACACUAUCAGAACCUUGCUGAGACUCAAUCGCCCAAGUUUACAGUGAUUGCUUGUGCAGAUUCUAGAGUUUGUCCUUCUAACAUCCUUGGAUUUCAACCUGGAGAAGCUUUCACUGUGAGAAAUGUGGCGAAUCUGGUGCCUCCUUUUGAGACUGGGCCCUCAGAGACAAAAGCCGCGCUUGAAUUUUCUGUUAAUGCUCUUGAGGUUGAAAAUAUUCUAGUUGUUGGCCAUAGCCGCUGUGGGGGGAUCCGUGCCCUCAUGAGUAUGGAGGAUGUAGAAGAAGAAGAUUCAAGGAGCUUCAUUAAAAGUUGGGUUAUUUUUGGCAAGAAUGCAAGGGUUAGCACCAAAUCCGUGGCUUCCAACCUACACCUUGACCAACAGUGUCGACACUGUGAGAAGGAAUCUAUCAACCAUUCACUAAUGAACUUGCUUACAUACCCUUGGAUCAAAGAAAGAGUUGCGAAAGGUACACUUUCUCUUCAUGGAGGUUACUAUAAUUUUGUGGAUGGCACAUUCGAAAAGUGGACACUUGAUUACAAUUACAAUGUUGAGGACGGUCAUACAUGUUCAGUUAAAUCCCGGGAGUUUUGGAGCUGAUUUGAGCUUCAUUUCCACUGCAAUUCUAUUCAUUUCUUUUGUAUUAAUCACUUGUAUUGCUGUAUAACUAAGGUUUUUCUUUAUAAGCUUUGUGAUUUUAGUAUUUUUAAUGGGAGAAAGGACUUCUAUUAUGUACAUAGAUCCUCUCUCGAAACUGGAGAGAUCAUGUACUCCUACAAUCAGGGGGGGGGGGGGGUUUAUAGUGGAGAUAUUCCGCUACCAUUAUAAGCUCCCUCUUCAAUAGAUAGUAAUUUGGUACUACUAAGAAUUCUUCUCCCAUAUAGCAUUCUUUCCAGUUGAGUGCGUGGUUUGUAAGAUAUAGUUGUAACUUAUUUAUAGACGAAAGUGUGAUUGUUAGGGCAUAAGAUGCCAGUUCUAUCAAGCAUUCGAGUGGUUGUUCAGCUGGAGUAUCAUGUAAUAAGUAUUUUGAGAAAUUUACGACAAAUUUUCGUUUUAAGCAGCUACCCUUUUGACAUUA